AACACUGCCACAUGUGCCAAGGGCCGCUGUGGCGGAGUCAACGGCGGCGUUCUCUUUUGCGGGAUAUCUUCGAUCGCGAUCUGAACGCCUCCCCGGUUAAGGCGGGGGGGGGGCAAUGUCGUGUGACGGACGAGCGAUUUCGGGGGCCGGUCAUGGUGUCCGGUGAGAAGGCGUGGGACCCCCUUCGCGCGGGCCCCCUUCGUGCACAUCUGAGCGAACAGCAUCUUCCUCCCGAUCUCCCGUCCCUCUGCGACCUCGCACACAUCGCAGCGCGCCAGGGCGCCGCCUGCCGCCAGUCGCGGCCGCCGCCGCCGCCGCCUUCCGUGCCGUCGGACCUGGCGGGCGUCGUCGACACGCUCUGCCCCCCCCACGCCAUCCCCCUACCCGGGACGCGAGGGCCCCCGCCGGACCGCUCCUGCCCCGCCCGCCGUGGCUCCGGUGGGGCCCGGGGACCCGGCGGCGAGCCGAGGCUCGGAGUGGACCCCCAGCCCGCAGCGGGGGAGGGGGGCCCCCGCGCCGAGCGCCAGGGGAUGAAGGGUAAGGGCAAGCCGGGGGUCCGGGCGGAGGCCGCCGCGGAGGACCGCCUGGAGGACAUGGCCGACGGCCCCAAGAACGCCAAGAUCACCCUCAGCUUCCCGCUCAGCGCCGCCCCGCUGCCGCCCUCGCUGACCUCGCCGCACCCCCCCCGGCGCGGCUCCUCCUCGUCCUCGCCCUCGCCCCACCGGCGCCGGCCCUCCUCCGGCGCCAAGGGCUCGGACGCCGGCUCGCUGUGGAAACUGGACGCCACCAUGGACAUAAAGCACCGGCCGUUCAAGCCCCCGCGCCACGACAGCCCGCCAUCCUCCUCGCCCUUCGUCUCGGCCCCCCCCAUGGCCGCCGGCGCGUUCAUCAGAAAGGACACGAAGGACAUGAAGUCCCCCCCGCCGCUCAAGUGCUCCAAGGUGGUCAGCCCGGAGGCCCAGGGCAACCGCUUCCCCCACAGCCGGGCCCCCGGGGGGUCCGUCGCGGGCGGCUACGGGGUCGGCGACGGCUGGGAGGAGAGACACCCGCGGGGGACCAACGGGACGGUGUCCCCCUCCCAGACGGCCCAGAUCCUCUUCAACCUGGGCAACGCAGCGUUCCCGGGCCCCAGGGGCCGGGACGCGGAGAAGACCGCCGGGAAGCACGGCGCAGCCAAGCUGCAGGGCCCGCACGGCACCCCCAUCCUCCAGCCGCCCGUGCUCCACCUCCCCCCGCCGCUCCCCCCUCCGGAGGCCCUCCCCGCCGCCCCCCCGCACCCGUCCCCCAUCCCCCCCCCGGCAGCCGCCGGCGACAGCCUGAAGCCUGAGCUGAUCUGCGGCGUGUGCCACCGGCUCUUUAGCUCCGCCUCCUCGCUCACGGUGCACAUGCGGCUGCACCGCGGCAGCCGGCCGCUCAGCUGCCGCUUCUGCGGCAAAGCCUUCAUCCACAGCAAGAGACUGCAGUCCCACGAGGCCUCCUGCCGGAACCCCCCGCCCCCCGCCGGCGUCCGGCCCAAGGAGGAGCCGCUGGAGGAAGGGGAGGUGAGGGUGGAGGGGGGCGUGGUGGUGGGCACGGACGGCGCCAUCGACAGCGGCAAAGCGCGGCCGGGGAAGAAGGCGCGGAGCCUGCUGGCGCGCAUCCAGGCGGACGACGCCGCCGCCGCCUCGGAGCUGCUGGCCGGGGACGAGCAGCACUUUGUGAAGGUGGUCGACGGCAACGUCAUCUACUUCUGCUCGGUGUGCGAGCGCUCCUACAUGACGCUGUCCAGCCUCAAGCGGCACUCCAACGUGCACUCGUGGCGGCGCAAGUACCCCUGCCACUUCUGCGAUAAGGUGUUCGCCCUGGCCGAGUACCGCACCAAGCACGAGGUGUGGCACACGGGCGAGCGCCGCUACCAGUGCAUCUUCUGCUGGGACGCCUUCGCCACCUACUACAACCUCAAGACGCACCAGAAGACCAUCCACGGCAUCAACCCCAGCCUCAUCUCCAGCGAGAAGACGGCCAACGGCGGCUACAAGCAGAAGGUCAACGCCCUGAAGCUCUACCGCCUCCUCCCCAUGCGCGCCCAGAAGCGGGCCUACAAAACCUACAACGACGGCGUGGCCGACGGCCUACUCCUGGCCCCGGCCGACGCCGCGGCCCAGGGCUGCGACGGAGCCCUGGGCCUGGAAGACCUCCAGGGUCUGAUCAGCGUGAAGCCUGACCCAGACGCCUUCCCCGACGACUUCCCUGUUUCCAUGGGCCCCGAGCACGGCGACUACCCCGCGCUCUCGGCCCUCGCCGCUACAGACCUGCCCCUGGCGAGGAGACGUGACGCCGAGGCCCCGGACGCGGAGCACGGGGGGAGAUCCGGCGGCAUCUAUAAACUAUCGAGCAGCAGCAGAACCAAAACCCCCAAAGACGGUCGAGGCGGGGAAACGGGAAACGUGUCCUCUGUGAUCGCGUACGCCCCGACCAAACCCUCGGUGAUCGUGCACGGCGCCGGCAUGUCGUCCUCUGUUAUCGUGCACUGCAACCAGGUCACCCCCGGCAACGGCAGGGGCCUGCUCAGCGGCGGCAGCUCCUCCACCGAGGGCGUCGACGGCGCGGCGACCCACAAAUCCAGGUCAAGCAAAAAGCAAAGAGAGAGAGAGCGAGAGAGCACGGAGCGGCACAGAAAGAGGUCUAGAGAUAGCUCCGACGCCACAGGGGAGGGGGGGUCCCGGGGCGGGCAGGACGCCGAGCACGGCGGCCGCUCCCACCACAAGUCACGCAAACUCCAAAGCAAGGGCGACGGCGGCUCCAACGCCACCAAGCAUCUAGCGGCGGCGGCGGCGGGGGGCGGGCCGCUGUGUCAGAUCACCGUGCGCAUCGGCGAGGAGGCCAUCGUCAAGCGCAGCAUCUCCGAGACCGACCUCCGGCGGGACAAGAGCCGCUCCCCUCCAAAGACCAAGAAGGCCGAGGCGGCGGCGGUCGCGGCCGCCGACGCCAAGGAGUCGCGCCACCCGCACUCCCACUCCCACCACCACCACCACCACCACAAGCACCGGGCCCACGGCGACGCCACCGCCGACCCGCGGAGCGAGCCGGAACCGGACGAGGAGGAGGAGGAGGAGGAGGAGGAGGAGGAGGAGGAGGAGGAGGCGGCAGUGCGGGCGAAGGUCUCCAAGUCUCCCUCGGAGGUGAGGGAGUACUACUUCCGGCAGGAGGUGCGCGAGCAGGCGGACAGCGACAACGACGCGGAGGACGAUCUGUGGCGGCCGUACUACUCGUACAAGCCCAAGCGGAAGGCCCAGGCUCAUCUCCAGAGGGCGAAGAACUGGCAGAGGAGGCUGCAGUACAAACGCUCCCUGCGUCUCAUGAGGAGGGCCGAGAGGCUGAUGAGCCACGUCAGCAAAGAGACGGAGAAGUCACCGGGCGAGGAGGAGGAGGAGGAGGAGGAGGAGGAGGAGGAGGAGGAAGCUACAAUGGAGGAGCUGGGCCAAGAGGUGGUGGAGAGUGAUAGAGAGGAGGAGGCACCGGCGACGGAAAAAGUGUCAAACGGUGACGCAAAGAUGGAGGAGGAAAAGACAAAAGAGGAACUUUCUUUCCCUCCGCCAAAGCCAAAAGCCGGCAAAGUGCUGAAAGAACACUCGGAGGCGGCCCAACGCGUGGUCUCUCCUCCCCGCUCCCGGUUGCCUUCGCUCUCUACCUCAGCCCCUCCUCCCCUGGCGAUCAAGCGCCGGCCCUGGACCAAUGGCAACGCGGAGGAGUGCAGCACGUGCGGCCGCUGGUUCUCCAGCGCCCGGAAGCGGGACAAACACGAACUGAGUCACCUGCUAGAGUUCGUGUGCCUCUUCUGCCGAGCCACCUUCCCCUCCCGAGACAAGCUGGAGGACCACCAGAGGGCCCAGCACCCCCGGCCCACCGACACGCCCUCCUCCCUGCCCCACAAAUCCGGCUUCAACGACCAGGGGGAAGGGGGCGGGGGGAAGGCAGCGACAGAGAGGGAAGCCGAGGCCAAAGAAGCGGGAGGGCUGGGUCCGUUGAUCAGGACCAACUCGACCAGCUCGGGUUGCCUGAGCCGCCGAGCCCUGGCCAGGCACACCUGUCCCCAGUGCCACACGGUGUGCAAGACGUCCUCGGCGCUGACGCGUCACGUGCGACGCCACGAGCUCAGCAGCUCCCCCGAGCGGGAGGAGACGGAGCCCAGAGCGGCCGCAGCCGCCGCCGUGACGGUGACGGCGCCCGCUACGUCUGGCAGCGCGGGGCCGCCCGCGGCUGAGAAGGAGCAGGUCCCCACCGCUCAGUCUGUCUCCGUCAUCAGCUACUCUCUACCGGACCCCAGCGUCAGCAGGGACUGUGCCGCGUCCCAGCACUGCCAAGGCCCGUCGGAAAGCGAACAACAGACGUGCGACCCCACCGCAAGGGCCGACGAUUCGACGGAGCGCGAGCGGCCCGCUCCGAGGCGAGAACCAAGCCCGCUCGCGGCGAACCAAACGCCGUCGAGCCGCCUGGUUAGCCUCACGCCGCCCGGCGCGGAGCCCGGCCCGGCCGCCGCCGCCGCCCCCUCGGCCCUGCACAGCGUGCUGGUCAUGAACGGCUCCGAGUGCCUGGACUACCGCACCACCAAGAGGAGACCCCCGGAGGGCGCGGCGCACGGCACCCCCAGCCCGGCGCGCGUUACCACGCCCCCGGGCCCCUCCGCCGCACGCUCGCCGGCGACGGCGCACCCGAGGACGACCGCGGCUGCCACUCCCCCUGUCGCCAUGCCGACCGCUCCCCCCCAUCCCGCGGCGGCGGGAAUGCCGAAGCGAGAAGGGGUGAUCAUGGACCGGGAGAGGCAGGGAGGGGCGGGCGUGUUCCUGCACGGCGGCGGCUACGAGGAGCCGGCCUCGGUGCACGACCUCCGGCUCCCCUACCGGGCCCCCAGGAGCCCCUCCCCCACCGAGGCACAGGACCUGACCAUGUCCUCCAUCCUGGCCAGGGAGAGGGAGAUGGAGCGGCAUCGGGAGAGGGAGAGGCAGCGGGAGAGGGAGGGCGAGGCGCAGAGGCAGCGAGCCAGGGAACUGGAGAGACUGCGGGCCCGGGAGAUGCAGCGGGACGGCAACAGAGACCCCGAGAGGGGGAGCAGAGACGCGGAGACGGAGGGUCCGGCCCUGCUGGUCCCCAAAGAGGAGCCGCUGAGUCCGGCGCCGUCCCCCCAGCACACCCCCGCCCCCGCCACCGUCAACGUAGCCCCCUCGCCCAGACACGCCCCCAAAUCCCCCCGCCGGUCGCCGAACGCCGUCCGCCCGGGGUUCGCCCAGGGCAAGCGGCCGGCCCACCAGCCCUUAACCGGGGGGGGCGGGCCCCAGCUGCACACCUCGGGGGCCCCCGGGGGCAUGGCCGGCGAGCGGCCCUCGGGCCACGCCCUGCUCCUCCAGCGGGCGCCCCCGCCGCCGGAGUACCAGGACGCGCCGCCGUCCCGGCAGGGGGAGGAGGAGCGCUCGCCGGCGGGCUACUCCGUGCAGGACCUGCCCCUGCCCCUCCUCAUGGCGGGGGGGUACCGCUCGGGGAAGAAGCAGCAGCAGCAGCAGCAGCAGGAGGAGGAGCUGCUCAUGGCGUCCUACCCGGCGGGGGCCCUUCCCUUCGGGCCCCUGGGGAAGGUGAUGGUUCCCGCCGGGGCGGACCUGACCAAGCUGCCCAGCUUCUACCAGGACCCCUACCAGCUGCUGUACAGCCCCCACAUGCUGGCCUACCCCUACAACCUGGCGGCGCUGCCCGUGGCCCUCAACAUGAUGGCCCCCGGCGGGGACAAGAUGGAGGCCAUGCCCUUCCUGCCCGCCAUCUUUAACUACGCCGCCGCCGCGCCCUACAUGGGCGCCGCCCAGCACCACCUCCUGGCCAACCCCGCCCUCUACGGCAGCGGGGGCGGAGGGGGCGGAGGCGGUGGGGGUGGGGGCGGUGGCGGAGGCAAGAAGCAGCGAGAAGGCGGAGCCGGCAAGUCUUAGGACGGGACAGAACGCUUCGUCUGAGGAAUAUACCUGAACAGGUGGAGGCGGAGGGUGGAGCCGGCAGCACUGCCCCUGAUGGCCUUGAUAGAGGGGCGAAGGGAGGGAGGCGUA